UGAUAUAUUAAAAAAUUUGCCAGAAUUAAACGUAGUUUUAGUUUUUUAUUUAACUUAAGGAGAAUUAAACAUAACUAAUUAAAUAACGUAGCUGUAGCUGCAAAUCUAUUAUAAAAGUUCUUCAUGCACGUAAUGGAGAAAUAGGAAGAGAUAUAGCUUGUCUCAUAUAGCCAGUCAAAGGCGACACUGAAAUACAAUAACGUGUACAGGUGUCAAAUUUUGCUUGUUACAACAAUUAAUAUUAUAUUGUGGUAUAUUUAUACUUUCUAUUUCUAAUUUUUCAUCAGAGAAUCUUUACUUGUAAUACUUGAAAACAUUUGUGCACAUUUGUAUAUCAAAAGCAAUAAUUUGCAAAUCAGUGAUUCGAUUUAAGCAUUAUACAAUGUUAUACAAACGUUUUUCCAAUCUGCGUGCUGCAGAGGGUGAAAAUCCAAUUUCUGUACUUGUGCGAAGAAUGGAAGUACCCUUGGUAGGAGGCAUUGGUCUUGGAAUAGCACUUCAUGCUUCAAAAGGUGUAUUUGACACCCCUGCUCUAUUUGGAAGGAUUGCAUAUACUACACUACCUAUAUGUGGUAUAGGUUUUUACUAUCUUGCUGGCACUUAUAUAACAGAACGUGUAAGGGGAAAAGAUACUACAUGUAAUCAUGUAAUAGGAGCAUAUUGUACUUUUCCAGUGCUCCGAAAAUUUAUGUCUUUGUCUGCUACUAUGGCAAUACUAUUUCUUAUUAGUUUACCUAUAUAUGCAGUGGCAUAUGAUUUGAAAGAACCUCGCUAUCGAAGACCUCGUCUGGGUUUUUCAGAUCCUGGAAUACAAGCGACAAGUUAUGACCUCAAUAUGUGGUUAAAACAGAAGCCAUCAGAAAUCUAUGUUAAGCGCGAUUCAUAUGAUCUAUUCUCACUUCCUUCCAAGUAAAGCAAUUAUAAACUAAAUAUUACAUGUAGUGACGUUUAUUGUAUAUUUAGUCAUAUAUAAUUUCAAUAAAUACAAAAAUCUUAAACUA